AUGUUCAUUUUGAUCAAUAAUUGCUUCUGACCUCUUUCCUUCUUUUCUAUUCCAUGCAAAGAGAAAAUGAUCAGGACAAAUUUCUUCCUGUUUUCAGCACUGAUCCUGUGCAGCAUACCUGCUGAGGAAAUCUUUCAGCCAGCUCUAGUGCUGGACAUGGCUAAAGUCCUUCUGGAUAACUACUGCUACCCUGAAAACCUAGUGGGAAUGCAAGAAGCCAUUGAACAAGCAAUCAAGAGUGGGGAGAUCCUGGACAUUUCAGAUCCAAAAAUGCUGGCCAGUGUCUUGACAGCUGGAGUGCAGGGUGCUCUGAAUGAUGCAAGACUUGUGAUUUCCUAUGAGCCAUCACCGCAUGCAGCUCCCAAACAAGAAGCUGCGGCUUCUCCCACUCGUGAACAACUCCUGAGUCUUAUUGAGCAAGUGGUCAUGUAUAACAAGUUGGAGGGCAAUGUUGGCUACCUGAGGAUUGAUUAUAUCAUAGGACAGGAUGUUGUGCAGAAAGUUGGAGCUUUUCUGGUGGACAAGGUGUGGAAGACCCUGAUAGAGACAUCUGCCCUGGUGAUAGAUCUUCGUCACAGCACUGGAGGACAGAUUUCUGGCCUCCCCUUCAUCAUCUCAUACUUGCAUGAAGAAGACAAGAUGCUGCAUGUUGAAACUGUGUACAAUCGUCCCUCCAACACUACCACAGAGAUAUGGACACUGCCAAAGGUGUUGGGAGAGAGGUACAGCAAAGACAAAGAUGUCAUCGUUUUGAUCAGCCGGCACACCACAGGAGUGGCUGAAGAUGUGGCUUACAUCCUCAAGCACAUGAACAGGGCUAUCACUGUUGGGGAGAAGACAGCUGGGGGAUCACUAGACAUCCAGAAGCUGCGUAUUGGCCCCUCCAAUUUCUAUAUGAUGGUUCCUGUGUCACGAUCUGUGAGUCCCUUGAGUGGGGGUGGACAGAGCUGGGAGGUGAGUGGGGUGAUGCCAUGUGUGGCCACUGAGGCAGAGCAAGCCUUGCAGAAAUCCCUGGACAUCCUGGCAGUGCGCAGAGCAGUGCCUGGCACCCUAAGCCAUCUCACAAACAUAUUAAAGGACUAUUACAGCUUAGUGGACCGGGUGCCAGCGCUGCUGCAGCACCUCCUCACCUCUGACUUCUCUUCUGUGCAGUCAGCAGAGGACCUAGCCACCAAGCUCAACACUGAGAUGCAGACCUUAUCUGAAGACCCCCGCCUGUUGGUCCGAGUCAUGAUGCCAGGUGAAGUUGCUGCCCCCCCAGCUGAGAAACCGAUUGCAGUGGCAGCCAACUUACCUGAUAAUGAGCAACUGCUGAAUGCCUUGGUGGAUACUGUCUUCAAGGUGUCAGUGUUGCCAGGCAAUGUUGGUUACAUGCGCUUUGAUGAGUUUGCAGAUGCGUCCGUGCUUGAUAAACUGGGACCUUACAUUGUCCACAAAGUGUGGGAGCCCCUCCAAAAUACAGAGAACUUGAUCAUGGACCUGCGUUACAACCCUGGGGGCCCUUCCUCCUCUGGUGUGCCUGUGCUACUCUCCUAUUUCCAAGAUACUGCUGCUGGCCCUGUCCAUCUCUUCACAACCUAUGACAGGCGCACCAACCGCACACAGGAGUACAACAGCCAGGCAGAACUGCUGGGCCAGCCCUAUGGGGCUCAGCGUGGCAUCUAUCUGCUCACCAGCCAUCACACUGCUACAGCUGCUGAGGAGUUUGCUUACCUCAUGCAGUCCCUGGGCCGUGCCACACUGAUUGGUGAAAUCACAGCAGGAAGCCUCUCACACACGCAUACCUUCCCUCUGCUGCAGCCUGAGCAGGGAAUAACCCGUGGCCUAACUAUCACAGUUCCUGUUAUCACCUUCAUUGACAACCAUGGGGAAAGCUGGAUGGGGGGAGGAGUUGUACCUGAUGCCAUAGUGUUGGCUGAGGAUGCACUGGAGAAGGCUGAAGAGGUGCUAGCUUUCCACAAGAACAUGGGAGUACUUUUAGAGGGUACUGGAAAACUCCUAGAAGCUCACUAUGCCAUCCCAGAAGUGGCUGGUAAGGCCAGUGCUAUGCUCAGCACCAAACGGGCCCAAGGAGGUUAUCGAUCAGCUGUUGACUUUGAGACGUUGGCUUCCCAGCUUACCAGUGACUUGCAGGAGGCCUCAGGAGACCAUCGGCUUCAUGUCUUCCACAGCCAUGUGGAACCAACACCAGAAGAACAGCUUCCCAAUAUGAUUCCCAGCCCUGAGGAGCUGAGCUACAUCAUUGAGGCACUCUUCAAAAUUGAGGUCUUGCCAGACAACCUGGGCUACCUUCGCUUUGAUAUGAUGGCUGAGGCAGAAACUGUAAAGGCCAUUGGACCUCAGCUGGUACAGAUGGUAUGGAACAAGCUGGUGGACACAGAUGCCAUGAUUAUUGACAUGAGGUACAACACAGGUGGCUACUCCACUGCCAUCCCAAUACUUUGUUCCUACUUCUUUGAGCCUGAGCCUCGGCAACACCUCUACACUGUCUUUGAUCGUAGUACCUCCCGCAGCACAGAGGUGUGGACUCUACCCCAAGUCACUGGAAAGAGAUAUGGCUCCCUCAAGGACAUCUACAUCCUAACAAGCCAUAUGAGUGGCUCAGCAGCUGAAGCUUUUACUCGCUCUAUGAAGGACCUACACCGGGCCACAGUUAUUGGUGAGCCCACAGUGGGUGGUUCCCUCUCAGUGGGCAUUUACCGUGUUGGUAACAGUUCACUGUAUGCCUCCAUCCCCAGCCAAGUGGUGCUCAGCCCAGUCACUGGCAAAGUAUGGAGUGUGUCUGGGGUGGAGCCACACAUCACCAUCCAGGCCAGUGAAGCCAUGGCUGUAGCUCAGCAUAUCGCUAACCUGCGUGCCCAGGUGCCACAGAUACUGCAAACUGUAGGCCAGCUUGUGGCAAAUAAUUAUGCCUUUAUGGAUAUUGGGACUGUUAUAGCAUCUAACCUUACCAAGAGUACCAGCAAAGACAGUUAUAAAAGGAUUAAUACAGAAGAGGAGCUGGCCAGGAAGGUGACUGCCAACUUGCAAGCUCUUUCUGAUGAUGAGCACCUGAAGUUACUCUACAUCCCUGAACAUGCCAAGGACAACAUCCCAGGGAUCACGCCAGCACAGAUCCCGUCCCCAGAAGUAUUUGAAGAUCUGAUUAAAUUUUCAUUCCACACAAAUGUAUUUGAAAACAACAUCGGCUAUCUGAGAUUCGAUAUGUUUGGAGACUGUGAACUUCUAAACCAGGUGUCCGACCUACUGGUAGAGCAUGUUUGGAAGAAGGUUGUUCACACAGAUGCAUUAAUCAUAGACAUGAGAUACAAUAUUGGAGGCUUCACCAAUUCCAUAGCAAUCCUAUGCUCAUACUUCUUUGAUGAAGGACACCAAAUUCUCUUGGACAAAGUUUACAACAGACCCAGUGACUCAGUAAAGGAAAUAUGGACUCAGCCACAGCUCAAAGGGGAGAGGUAUGGCUCUCAGAAGGGGCUAAUAAUCCUCACCAGUGCUGUGACGGCUGGGGCUGCUGAAGAGUUUGUAUACAUAAUGAAGAGACUGGGCAGAGCUCUCAUCAUGGGGGAACAGACCAGUGGUGGCUGCCAUUCCCCACAGACACAUCAAGUAGAUGGUACCAACUUCUACAUCAUCAUCCCCACCUCCAGAUCAAUCACCUCUACAGAGAGCACUUCUUGGGAAGGGAAAGGGGUACGUCCUCACAUAGAAACACCAGCUGACACAGCACUCAUCAAAGCAAAGGAGAUGCUCAGUGCUCACCUGCACAGCUCUAGAUAG